AGUUUGAAAGUCACCCAAGUAUUCCUGAUUGAUAGUUGCGCAAUUGAAAAUGUGACAAAAGUUUUACCUGAUAAAAUAUCGGUAUUAAAGGGAACAAUGCAAUUACACCAAAUCGCCACCAGCCAAAGUGACGAAUCGUUCAUUAUAAAAUAUAGAGAUAUUGGCUGCUUUUGCGGAGACUUAAGAGGUCAAUGUGCGUGUUUUUCGACUAAGUCACAUUCUGUAGUAAUCGAUUUGGGCAACAUAAGUAAAUCGUUCGAAUUUUGCCCUCCAACUACAGAAAAUGUAACGGAACAUUUUGAAGAUUUAUCCCAAAAUGUUAAAGGGAAUAACGAAUUAGAAACUGAGAAAAGUCUGGAUGAUAUAACCAAAGAAGUGACAAACGACCCCAAAAUUGAAGCUGCCCAUGAAUCUUCUUUAAAUUUCCCAUCUGAAAUAUUUGAGGGGCUGAUUAACGAUGAACCUUUUGAUUUGAAUUCUAUUGACAUUAAUCAUUUAACAUUUACUUUUGAAGAAAAUGACGACAAACUUCAUAGAGGUAAACUAGGCACCGAGAACUCAUGGCAACUUACCACCUUUGAAAAUCAGCAAGCGUCUACUUCAUCGUAUGCUGAGAAAGGUUUACUUGGAAAUGAUGGCGCAGGUCUGAUCGCAACUUCAACCUGCCUUUCCGAUUUUAAUAAGAUGUCUGUAAAUUUAUCGACAGAAAAAGAAGCAUCUAACAUAAACCUUUCCGCACAUGGAAGUCACUGCUUUGUUGAUCCCAAAAACGUACUUUUUGUUAAAACACCACAAGUCGGACAACCUCAAAAAUUAUCAACGGGAACUAAAACAGUUGCUAAAAAAGUAGAAAUGAUAAUUAAAGAUACCAAAGUACCUGCUUCUACUUUAGCAACAAACCAGUUAUCUGAGAAAAGUGGUGCAGAAAAAGCCCAAAGCAAGGCAAUCUCUAAAAAACCCAGAAUUGUACCAAAGAUUAAUUUUCUGGAAUGUCAUAAAUGCUUUUCUUCUAUGCUUACCCAAAAGGGAAAAUGUAUUUCUUGCAAAAACUGGUUUUGUUAUGACUGCAUGGCUGAACCUAACUGCCUUAAUUACGUUUGCGAAUCAUGUUUGGAAUCGGAAGAUUGAUUGGCUGAUGCAAAAUAUGGUGAUUUUCCAUGACGUGGACAAAGUACUCACAAUGCAUGAUUUGGAGCAGUUUUAUAUUGAUGACGCUUACUAGCCGUGGCCCAUCACUCAUUUUAUAUUAGUUGAAAAGUGCUUUGGAUGUCAACAGGAGAUAAAUUCCUCAAGACUACAUCAUUUCACUUUAAAAAUGACUAAGUUGGACAUUUUCAAUUUGUUGCAAUGUUCAUAUUUCUGGUGUUUUUUUUGUAAUUAUUUUGUUUAUGACCAUUUCACUCCAGAUGAAUGUGAUAUUUGCACUCUAUAUGGUUAAUAGUUUGUAAGUUUUGAGAACAUAUAUAUUUUUGUUAAGUUUAUAUUUUAUUGGAUAUAUCAAAGUCAUAUGUUUGGAUACAUAUCGUUGAUCAAUAUAACAUUCCUAGCUAAAUUAAUAAUGAGCGAGACUUGUAAUCCAGUAACUUCUACUGUGAGACUGAUUAGGUUAUUUAAUAAAAGUACAAAGAUUAGCUUUCUUAAAACGCACAACAGAUAGUUAGGUUACUAUUUAAAUUAUACUCUAGUGACAUCAAAGACUAUUAACUUGAGACUGAUUUAAUUCCUUUUAUAGGUAAUUUAAAGGCUGAUUUGCAAUUAUAUUUAAUAAUAUAUAUUUACGGUGAUUUUUCCUUUAGCAUAUUGAUUAUGGUCAAAUUUGUUCCUAAGUUGUCUAUAGAUAACUUAUUAGAUAAAUGUGGAUCCACUGUGGUAGCCUGUAAAAUUCAAGUUUUCUUGUCAAAGAAUAAAGAUUUUUAAUUACCAA